CAUACACACACACGCACACACACACACACACACACUCACACACACACACACACACACACGCACUCACGCAUAUUGUCACAGUUACUUUGGCGAACAUCUACAAGCACACACACUGGGUCUUGACUUCGGCGAGGAGGCUGGACAGAAACAAUACACCCGAAAACAGAGUCGCCGGGCAAUAAAAACCAAAUACAGAAACAAACAAACAAACAAAUAUAACAACUACCUCAAAGAAUUUACCAAACGGUAGAGCUUUACGUCUACUCACUCUCAGAGCUAACCAGGUGGACUACAUAACAUUUAACUCUGGAAGAACGGCCGGUCUGGAUCCAUUCAUGUUUCGAACAACAACUCUAAGAAGUUGAACCAGCUAAACCAAUGAAAAAAAGCGAAGGACAAUAGAUUACAACUCAUCAAUGCAAACUAACUAGAUAUUUUCCGAAAUCCAUUUCUCAGAGCAUUGUAGUAUAUAUUUCCAGAUCAAAUACUGCCUAGAAUAAAGCAUAACAUUGAUGAAGGGGUGUGAAUUCCCUAAGCCUCCAAUUGAUCAACAGGUGCUGCUGUACUCGAUCAGCUCUGAUGACUUGCAUUGAUUGACCAAACCAAAGAGAAUGUCAAAAGAACAUUUUGAGAAGAUACACCUGAGUGUGGCUCUUGAAGAAGCAGCUAACCACCAAAUAAGCUUCUUGAACAAUGUUAACCAAUAUCCUGAACUUUAUGAACCUGCUUUUCUAAAACGAACUCUUUACAGAUAUGAAAUACUUUGGUUGCCUCUAGCUUCCAAACAUGAUUUCAUUCCAGCUCCAUUGGAUAUUGAAUGGGUAUGGCACUGUCAUAUGCUGGCACCACUAGCAUAUGCAGAAGACUGUGACAGAAUAGUUGGUAAAUUAGUUAAUCAUGCUCUCUACUCAGAACAAGUUCGGCAAAACAAACUACAAAAAAGUAGAGAACUGUGGACAAAAGCUUACCCUAAUGAGCCAUUUGAUAUUCCGCCCAAUUCUAAUGAGCCAUGCCCUGAAUAUAAAUCCCAACUAAGCUAUGAUAUUGUAGCUGCUGCUGCACGUCAGAGAGUUUUCCUUUACCAAGUUUCUCUACCUCACUAUACAGACUACAGGUUCCUCAAACAAGCUAUUAUACGAUACAAAAAAUACUUGCAUUUGAAACAGAAGAAUCCAGCCACCUUUCUGGUACCAUGCUACGAUAUUGACCUUAUUUGGCACAGUCACCAGCUCCACCCAAACAAUUAUCAAAAAGACACAAAGAAAUUAUUUAACAGGGUCUUCAAUCAUGAUGACACUGUCAAUGAUCGCAGUCCAAAUUCAAAACUAAGCCUCUCAGAUAUUGAAACUAGAAAUCUUUGGAUCAAAACCUACAAUGAAACAUUUUCUAUGUACGGAGCAAUGUAUCGUGGGGAACCACCGGAGAGAAAACUUUAUAAAAUCACUAAGGAAAACCUAUUUAGAAUAAGUGCAAAGCAUGCAAUGUUUGUUGUUGAAAAGGCGUCUAUACAGAAUAUUCCAGAAGAAGUAAGGAAAUUUAAUUUGGCUUUGAAACUUUACCAGGGUGCAGAUCUUUUAUGUACUAAACAUCUCAAUGGACCUAAUACUGAAUGGGAAGGAAAAGCCUUAAUAAAACAUGACAUUAGCACCCACAAAAAUUCUUAUCUAACUAUAACACUCUACAAAAAAGUUGGUUUGACCUGCUGUGGAAACAACGUUUCUCUUGGUACAACUAUGUUUGACUUUUGGAAGACAGUUCAUUUUGCCUCUGAAGGUCAGUCAUUUUCAGAAACAUUAUUACUUGAUGAAGCACCACAAAUUACUGUUCAAAUAAAAGGAUACUUUACGAAUCCAGUAUGUACUGCCUGCAAUUUUACUGUUGAGGUUAAACCUUACAAAAAGUUUACACUGCCAACGCAGAUUGAACAGAUGUGGGGACCAGUUCCAUUACCUCACUUACCAAAUGAUGUCCAAAAUGUGUCUUUUGUUGGUGAACAUUUACUGCAUGAUACGAUGAAAAUUAAUCAGUUUACCUGCCGCAUUAUUCAUUGCACUCAACUGUUGAUGUCUGUCAUACAGGUGUACUAUCAUGAAAAGUUAGCAGUUGUUGCCCAUUUAAUUGAUCUUGAUCAACUGCCAACUUCAACACAGCUUGCUUAUCCAGAAUCAUAUCCCUGCUUCAUUCCUUCGUCUGGAGAAAGAGCACUGCUCAUAAAAAAUCACACUGGUGAUUGGGCUAUUAUUAUUGGAAAAUGGGCCGGUUUAAAGAAAGGUGUACCAGGUAUUCCAGGUACAAGGACGACCAAGGGAGUUAAAGGUGUCAAAGGAAGCCCUGGACAUUUGGCAGUCAGCAUUUUUUAUCUUCAUAAAAAGGCCAUUAAAAAAUUCAGCAUACCUUACGAGAGAAAGAACUAUGAACUGGACAUUUAUCCACUACUGGUCAAUCUCUUUAGUGGACAUAUUAACAUCACCUUAGAUGAUAAGCUGGAGGUAGCCGAGCACAUUGCUGUGGCCUUUGCAGUCGGAUUGCUUCAUGUCCUCUGUCAACCUCACCCGAAAGGAUGGAACCCUCAAGUUGCUGCAGUAUCUUCACAAAGCUCAGCGAAAAUCUCACAGGAAUUCGUGCCUUCUGAAAACAUGGUUUUGGUUCAAGCUGGUGGUUAUCAUGUAGACACACCUUCAAACUAUUAUUACUCUCAGAACAAUGUGUCAUGUGUGUCAGCUGGCUGUGGAUGUGGAGAUCUUGGAAUCAGUGAACUUGGCUGCAUUGAUGGCUCAGGUGGUUGUGGUGGGUGUGGUGGAUGUGGCGGUUGUGGUGGGUGUGGGGGCUGUGGAGGCUGUGGUGGUGGUUGUGGUGGUGGCUGUGGAGGAUGUGGGGGGUGAACAGUGUAAAACAUGCUUAUCACUUACAAUCAGAACAUCACAUAACUUAUGUCAACACAUAUGUACACACACAUACACACUUUCACGUAUAUAGAAGUAUAUACACAAUAUGGUGUGAAGAGCAUUAUGUUAUUUACAUUUUCCUAUAUGUAUGUCUUGGUGAAUGUAUGCGUGAUCUAGGCACCUCAUACCUCUAUGAAUGGAUUUAUGUUUACAUACGCACAACACAUAACACAUACACACACACACACACACACACACAUGAGGAAGAAUGAGAGCAAAAGAUACUAUGUUUAUAAAUACAUAGAUGUAUGAAUGAUUGAUUUAGUUAACAAUGAAGUUUGUAAAUUGCCAAUAACAACAUAUUUUCAAAAUUCCACUUAAGAUUUAUUCUGAGAUCAUGCAAUCCUGAAAUGCUUAUAUUUUAUUAGUUUACCUUUUACUGUCUUCUAGGUAUUUAAUUCCAAAUAGCAGUAAAGUCUCUGCAAUGUCUUUUCUUUUUACUGUAGUGAUUCUACCUAAGAAAUGAAUAUAAAGAAACCAUCCAACGGUUCUGCAUUAAUACUUGUGACAUUCACUCUAAAGUGCAAUUAUGAUAAUUAGCAUUAACGAGCAUGAAGGUUAAAAAUAGAAUUAUUUUUGCUAAAGUUUUUCAUGUUUGCUCACUGAGUCAUUAAGGAAAUGAUAUAUUUGAUUGUUAAAUUGUUGUUGUUGUUAAGGUUCAUUUCAGCUCUGCAUGAGCAAACCUAAUGAUUAAAGGCAUUCCAACUAUGACGUCCUGUCUCUUAUACAUACUGCAUUGCAUACUAUGUAUCCUUCUCUAUGUAAAGCUGAGAUAAGAUGUGAUUCAAGAAAGAUUUGGCUGCUAUUUCUAAAAAGUCAAGCAGCAUUGUAGAGGCUCAUUUACUUGUUAGGUCGUUGUUGUUGUUGCUGUUGUCGUCAUCACCACUAUUGUAGUGACCACUGGCCUUAUAUGUCUUUUCCUUUCAAAUAUUAAAAUAUGUAUCAAUGUUUCUAAUUAGAUAUUAGUGUAAGCAGACAAAAACAGGUAUUAUUUGAUGUUUUAUUGGGAAUAACUUACUCAGUCAUAUAGGAUGUCACAGGAUCUAUUAUGCUAUUAUUUUUACAUAAGAACAUCAUAUUGCAUUUGGAGUUACAGAAGGUCUUGAUGGCCUUUGUAGUUAUGUGCCUUGUGAGAAUGGGUUAGCUUUAAAUUGUUAUUAAGACACUUUUUGUCCCACCUUUGAAGUCUGCAAUUCUCAUCCAAACAGAUGAUAGUUCCUCACUUAUGCCUUAUUCUUCCCAAAGCUUAAAACUAAGGUUGUUCAUGGGGCCUAUCUGUAAGUGACUUUGGUUGAAAAUUGGAUUCUUUUUCUUCUUCUUUAUAGUUUAGUCUCUUUUGAAAUAAGAAUCUUUGGUGAAAUUCAUGGUUGCAUAGCUCUUAAGUGUUUAAGUGGACGUGGAGAAAAGAUUAUAUGUAGGUAAUGUAGGUGCAUUCAUUUCUGGUAAUUUUUAACUACACUCAUAAACCUUUCUCAUUCAACAAAAAGAUAGGAUUUAAUCUAUUUAUUUGAAAUGUCAAAAUAUUUUUCUGUUUGUCCGAGACAGCUUCCUCCUUUUUGACUGAAUAAUUAACAACCAACUCAUAUCUGCUUCUGGCUGAGGCAUCCAUGGAUGGUCUGUUGUUUGUUCUUUUUGUAUUAAAAGUGUACAAAAUAAGGGCUUUGUUCACCACCUUUGCAGUCAUCUUGCCCUCCAUGACAGUGAAACUGAAGCAGCCAGUGUCCAGUUUGAACAGUUGUUGGUAAAUAGCUGCAGGAAAAACAUGGCUGAGGAGGGAACCUUGAUUUAUAUACUUUGGAGUGAGCUGGCAGAAUCGUUAGCUGAUUAGAUGAAAUGCUUAGGGGCAUUUCUUCCAUCUCCUUACAUUCUUAGUUCAAAUGAGGUCUGAUUUGCCUUUCAUCCUUUUUGUGGGUUUGAUUAAAUAAGUACUAGAAUUGAUUACAUGACUUGCCCUCUCCUCUGAAAUGACCGGCCUUGUCCCAUAAUUAGAAAGAAUUAUUAUUAUUAUUAUUAUUAUUAUUAUUAUUAUUUUAAUGUGGCAAAAUGGCAGAGUUGUUAUACUUUAACAGCAUUUCAUCCAUCUUUACAUUCUGAGUUUAAAUUCCACUGGGGUCAACUUUACCUUUCAUCCUUUCAGAAUCAAUAGCACUAGAGUCGAUGUAUUCAACUUACCCCAUCCCCUAAAAUUGCUGACUUUGUACCAAAAUUUGAAACCAUUAUUAUUAUCAUCAUCAUCAUUAUCAUUACACUAGUGCAUACUAAUUUAGUUAGUAAGUCUUUUUGUCUUAAUGUUUGCUGACAACUAAGUCUCCUUAAGUCUCAAGAAUCUUCCUUAGGUUUCUUGCAGAAUAUAGGAUUAUUAUUAUUAUUAUUAUUAUUAUUACUAUUAUUAUUCUUUUUUUUUAUUAAAGAAUAGCAGAUUCAAUAGUGUUGAAUAAAAUGCCUUGCAGUAUUAGUUUAUAUCCUUUCACAUUGUAACUUCAUCCCUCUAGUAUUAAUAAAAUGUGUACCAGUAAUAAUCUGAGACACUAUUCAAUCAAGUAUUGAUAUAUAUGUUAACACACAUUAUAAACCAUACAAAUAGCCUAACAGAUCCACAAUCCUUCAUAUAUAUAUAUAUUCUGAAAUAUAUUUAUAAAUAUAUAAAAU